CACUCACACCAGUCACCACAAAACACAGCGAGGGACUUGCGUGCAAGCCACGUGCGUCGCUUCCGUCGGACCAUCACAUAGCUUUACAAUUACCACUUUCGAGAUAGAAAAUGAGCUCGUCCCUCGAAACCCAUAAUCUAGCAGCUGAAACUCUGAAGGAGUCCAGAAGAAUUGGGCAUGUCAAAGGGAAGAAGAACAUCCAGAAGAAUUGGAUCAGCUGUGAAAGUUGAAUUUGGUGAGAUCACUGAUAUGCUAGAUGUACCGAAUGCCGUGUCAGAUCGUCAAUCACUUCCUCUUAAAUAUAUACAACCACUAAUUCAUGUAACAACAACACCAAGCAGGGUCUCAGCUCAUCUCAUUGAUGGACAUUCAACAUUGAGUAUGCUGAAUCAAGAUGAUGAACUUUUGACGGACGCUAUCUACCACAAUACGGAGUCAUCCCCAUUUAAGGAACCAGACACUCUUAGGAAGGCAAUUAGUUCAUGUUCACAAGGAGAUGACUACAUUGAGAAGAUAAAGGAUUUGCAGGUCUAUCUUGACUUGGUGGAGAAGAUUGUGAAACCAGGUUGUUCACAAGAAAUGCUGGAGGUGGCCUUGAGUUCCAUGUCUUUACUUGUCAGAAAGCUCUCUGUCAUGUCCUCCAAACCAAAACCUCAUUCCUCACUUUAAAUUAUUUUAUCAAUUGGUUGUACUAUUACAGAGAGGAAUGCACCUGUAAUGAUUUAUUCAAGUAUGAAAUUUAUGAUUUUCAUUCUUUUUCUUUUCUUCCCUAAAAAGGGGAAAAUAAGGUUGUGGUAAUGGAUAGACCAGUCAGUCGUUAUAUAUAGUCACGUUGAAAUACCAUAAGAAUAUUAAUUUGA